AUGACUCUCUUUGGUCAAGCCGCAGCGCCUGCUGCUAGCUCUACCACAGGCGACACAAGUAAAGACGUCGAGGUCCCACAAGGCCAAGUACCCAGCGACAGCGUGUCCGAUCUGCAGUUUUCCCCGACAAACGACUUCCUCGCCGUAGGAAGCUGGGACAAGAAGGUCUACAUCUACGAGGUCAACCAGAAUGGCGCAAACGGAAAAUGGAUGUUCGAAUGCCAGGGUCCUGUUCUUGGUCUGGGAUGGUCAAAGGAUGGCACACGUAUAGCAGCAGGUGACGCAACCGGUAUGCUCAAUAUUGUUGACUUCCGCACCGCCCCCGCCAGCGGCACUGUCCCAGCCCAGCAAGCCAAGGCGCACGAGAAUGGCAUCAAGUGCGUGCGCUGGUUCCAAACUGGUGGUAAAGACUACGUUGCGACCGGCUCAUGGGACAAGACUGUCAAGUUCUGGGAUCUGCAAGGCGCCGAGCCAGUCGGUACGCUGCAAUGCCAGGAGCGCGUGUACAGCAUGGACAUCAAGGACCAGCUGCUAGUGAUUGCGACAGCAGAGCGCCACAUCCACAUGGUCAACCUCACAAACCCAACCGCCAUCUACAAAACCAUCACCAGCCCGCUCAAGUGGCAAACAAGAGUCGUCAGCUGCUUCAGCGACGCAACCGGUUUCGCCGUCGGCUCCAUCGAAGGCCGAUGCGCAAUCCAAUACGUCGAAGAAAAAGACACCAGUCUAAACUUCUCCUUCAAAUGCCACCGCCAAACCGAUACAAGCAACCGCGACAUCGCAAAAGUCUUCUCCGUAAACGCAAUCUCUUUCCACCCCCAGCACGGCACUUUUAGCACCGCCGGCUCAGACGGCACCUUCCACUUCUGGGACAAGGACGCAAAGCACCGUCUCAAAGGCUACCCUGAAGUCGGCGGCAGCAUCGUCGCUACUGCCUUCUCCAAAGACGGAAAUAUCUUUGCCUAUGCUAUCAGCUACGAUUGGAGUAAGGGAUACAGUGGUAACACGCCUCAGUAUCCCACUAAGAUUAAACUUCAUCCUAUUCUGGGCGAUGAAUGCAAACCUAGGCCUAAUAGUAGGAAGAAGUAG